AUGGGGUUGCCGAGUGUGCUAGUGUCAGAAUCGGGCACUUUGAGCGCUAGGUUUGCAGCAAAGAUGAUAUCUUCUCAGCUUGGGAUACUGGGCCCUGCCCUGAGGAGGAGCGGGGUGCAGUUACGGCACAAUCACAUGUCGAGACUGGCAAGCAUGAGAAGGGGGAUGCAUAUAACAGGCGCGGCGCGUAACAAGCAGGAGGAGGGCGCGAGCGCGGAGCAGGGUCAGGGCGCGAGCGGCAUCUCGCACGCGAUGCUGGCGGCCAAGGAGCAGGAGGCGAAUCGAGACCUGCUGGACGCGGGGGCGCAGGCGGCGCUGUACCGGCUGCUGCUCGCGGCGAACUACCCGCAGUACGUGGUAUCGCGGUUUGAGACGCCUGGGAUUGCGUCUUCUGCAGAGUGCGUGUCGCUGUACAGCGAGGCGCUGCAGAAGGUGGGGCGCCAGGCGGAUGCGGACGCCGUGCGGCGGUCUGUGGGGGCGCCGGCAGGCGCCGAGGCUGCUGCGGCGGUCUCUCCUGCGGGUGCUUCGGCAGGCAGUGGGUACGGCGGGCCCGUUUUCCCCGGGGCCGGGAUGUACGGCGCCGGCCAGGGGACACGCAAGGAGCCGCUACACGUGGUGGUAACGGAGUCUACCUUCACGGUAAUCUCGAGGUGGAUCAAGUGGCUGCUGGUUUUCGGGCUUGUCACUUAUGGUGUUUCAGAAGGGUUCAGGUAUAUCACGGAGAACACUACGCUACUGAAGUCCGCGGAGACUGCGGACAAGUCUGUGGACGUUGCCAAGACCAAUGUGAAAUUCGAGGAUGUUCGCGGCUGUGACGAAGCUCGCGCAGAAUUGGAGGAAAUUGUGGACUUUUUGAAGGACCCCGCGAAGUACGAGUCCCUCGGUGGAAACCUGCCCAAGGGUGUCCUAUUGACUGGUCCCCCUGGUACCGGUAAGACUCUGCUUGCAAGAGCCACUGCAGGCGAGGCUGGUGUUGAUUUCUUUUUUAUGUCUGGUUCGGAGUUUGAUGAGGUAUACGUCGGUGUUGGUGCCAAGCGUAUACGUGAGCUUUUCGCGCAAGCGCGCGCUCGUGCACCCGCUAUCAUCUUCAUUGAUGAACUAGAUGCCAUCGGAGGAAAGCGGAAUCCUAAGGACCAGGCCUACGCCAAGCAGACUUUGAAUCAGUUGUUGGUGGAACUAGAUGGGUUCUCUCAGACAAGUGGUAUCAUCAUUAUUGGUGCGACGAAUUUCCCUGAAUCCUUAGACAAGGCUCUAACGAGACCUGGUAGAUUUGACAAGAUUGUUAACGUCGACCUCCCGGAUGUCCGUGGCCGUGCCGACAUUCUUCAGCACCAUAUGAGGAAAGUCACCUUGGCUCCUGACGUGGAUCCUAGUAUUAUUGCCCGUGGUACGCCUGGUCUAUCCGGUGCAGAAUUGAUGAAUUUGGUUAACCAGGCGGCAGUAUACGCAUGCCAGCAAAAUGCCAUUGCCGUUGACAUGACACAUUUUGAAUGGGCUAAGGACAAGAUUCUCAUGGGUGCUGAGCGGAAAACUAUGGUCUUGACGGAGGCUUCCAGGAGAGCCACUGCGUACCACGAAGCUGGGCACGCCAUUAUGGCUCUAUAUACUCCAGGUGCGGUUCCAUUGUACAAGGCAACCAUCCUUCCCAGAGGGAGAGCCCUCGGGAUAACUUUCCAGCUUCCUGAAAUGGAUAAGGUGGAUGUCACCAAGAAGGAGUGUCUGGCGCGUCUAGAUGUGUGUAUGGGUGGGAAGAUAGCAGAAGAAUUGAUCUAUGGGAAGGAUAACACCACCAGCGGCUGUGGUUCAGACUUGCAAAAUGCUACCAGCACAGCGCGGGCAAUGGUCACGCAGUAUGGUAUGAGUGAACAAGUAGGUCCAGUUAACUUGGCUGAUAAGUGGGAAAGCUGGUCGGGUAAGAUCCGUGAUAUUGCAGACAACGAAGUCGUGGAAAUAUUAAAAGCCUCUGAAGAGAGAGCCAGAAAUAUUCUACGCGAGAAGCAAAAAGAAUUGAACAGACUAGCACAAGGCCUAAUGGAGUACGAAACUUUGGACAGCGUAGAAAUCCAGAAGGUUUGUAAAGGUGAGCCUAUUUCCAAGGCAAAGAUGUCCACCAAUAAGAUUGUAGAGGGUCCAGAUAGCGACGAUCGCAAAGAAAUAGGCGGCGAUAAAUCCAAGAUCCCCGUCUUGAUCAAUGCAUAA